AUGAUUGCAACAGCCAUUGGUAAACCAAUAGCUUUAGAUUCUUAUACUACCUCAAUGUGUUUAGAUUCGUGGGGUCGGAGCAGCUUUGCGAGAGCUCUAGUUGAAAUCUCGGCAGAUAAUGAAUACAAGGAGGAGAUUGUGAUUGCUGUUCCAGAUUUGGAAGGGGAUGGGUUUGUUAAGGAAAAGAUGUACGUGGAAUAUGAAUGGUGCCCACACCGAUGCUCUCUUUGCAAGGUCUUUGGGCAUAACGAUGGGGAUUGUCCGAAGCAAGUCACGCAGGUUACGAAGGCUCCGGCCAAUAGUCCAAAAGCUCAUAAAGCUCCUAAUUCUAAAGGGAAUUCGAAAAAACUAGUGGUAGACAAAGAUGGAUUCAGGGAUGUGGAAGCUAGGAAAGCGGCAAAGAGGACCGGGUUUCCGGUCAACAAACAAAAACAGAGAUUCGAGUACCGUCCGGUUGGGUUAAAAACCAGUGGAGAGCCUAAUAAAUCAGCCCCAUCUUCGAGUUUCUUCUCAAGAAACCCUUUUGAUGUGUUAAAUGAUCCGAGUAAUGACCAUGAAGCUGGUGGAAGCGGACAAGGGGAUACGAAAGAUGAUGUGGAUGAUGAUGAGGUCCAGGAAAUAUACAACGAGACGGAUGAGUUUCUGGUUAACGACGCGAGUAAACUUGUAACUAAACAAGGGGCAAGCACUCCUUUUUCAGCGGUUAAUAAUGAGUCGCAUGUUGAUGUUAGUAGACUGAGUCAAGUGUGCCGUUCUGUUUUUCGCUCAUGGGAUUGGACUUCUAAUGGAGCUCGAUGUAGCAAGGGCACUAGGAUCAUUAUAGGUUGGAAUCCAGCUGUCUUUGAUGUUAUGGUGCUGUCUCAGACUGAUCAGGUUGUUCAUUUACAACUAUUUUUUAAGAAAGAUAACAAGGUUGCUUUUUGUUCGGUUGUUUAUGCGGCUAAUUAUUAUGUGACCCGAAGGGAGCUAUGGCACCAUCUCUCUAUGCACAAAAGUUUUGUUGGCAAUAAUCCAUGGGUUAUUAUGGGAGAUUUCAACUCAGCGUUAAAUCUAGAGGAUAAAUCGAUGGGGGCUUCUUCGGUGACUCGUAGUAUGAUAGAGUUCCAAGAGUGUGUUGAUGACCUCGAAAUGCUGGAUAUUAAUCGAACCGGUCUUCACUUCACUUGGAGUCAGAAGCCGAAAAAGGGAAUUGGGCUGCUUAAGAAGAUUGAUAGAGUUCUUGGUAAUACCUCUUUCGUUACCAAUUUUCCGAAUGCUGUUGCUUUUUUCCAACCAUAUCGUCUUUCGGAUCAUUGCCCGUGUGUCUUAAAGCUUCCAGAUGCUGACAUCUUGAAACAUCGGUCAUUUAAAUUCGCUAACUUUCUUGUUUUUAAACCUGAAUUUGGCGAUAUAGUGAAGAGGGUGUGGGAUACUAGAAUAAAUGGAGUGCACCAGUUCCGUGUUGUUAAACGUCUUCGGCUUCUUAAGAAGCCUCUCCGUGCACUGUUAUUUAAGCAAGGUAACUUGCAUAAAAAAGUUGAGGCUCUCCGCGAGAAGCUUGAUGUCAUUCAGAAUUCUAUUGACAAGCAUCCGGAUUCUGAGAGUCUUCGGGUUGAGGAAACUACUUUAAGUGCUGAAUACAAAGAAGCUUUAUUGGAUGAGGAGCGUUUUCUGAAACAGAAAUCCAAGGUAGACUGGUUACGAGCUGGGGAUAUGAACACGACUUUUUUCCACUCAUCACUUAAAAGAAAAAAUCAUCAGAGCCGUAUAGAUGUGAUCCGUGAUACUGGGGGUGUUAUCCAUGAGGGUAAUCAGGUGUAUCAGGCUGUCGUUGAUCAUUAUGAAAAGUUUUUGGGUUGUAGGGGCGAUACUUCUCUGAAUCCGGCCCCGGAUUUAUUUACUAAUGUAUUGGAUCCGAAUAUUGCUAGUUAUAUGUGUAGACAGGUUACUAAAGAUGAGGUUAAGAAAGCCAUGUUCUCUAUUGGUAUUGACAAGGCUCCUGGUCCUGACGGCUUUACGGCAGCGUUUUUCAAGAGUGCGUGGCACAUUGUUGGUAAUGAUGUGUAA